GUCGUGUGUCAUGCAGCGCACACUGAGGCAGAGAGAGAGAGCGAAUAGUGGAUGGCAGCGAAUGAUUGCGUUUAUUUCUCAGAAGUUGAAUGCACCCCAAUAAAACAGAUAACCCACCCACUCUGCGCUGCGAUGGCUUCCGAGGGUGACUCCAACAAGCGUGUGCUCCAUCGGGUGAAGGACACCCUCAAGAUCGAGGGCCCCGAUCCCUCCAUCACCGACCUGCUGGACUUCUACCUCAACAACACCAACAUGCACGGCAUGCGCCGAAUCGCAGUCUCAAAAGGGCCCAUCAAGAAGACGAUUUGGAUCGUGUUCUCGCUCAUCGCAGUGGCGAUGGUGUUCUGGCAGGGCAUCCAACUCAUACAGAGCUUCUACUCCAUCGCCGUGUCGGUGACGAUCAACUAUCAGAAGAUGCCCUUUCCAGCCAUCACCAUCUGCAGCCUCAAUCCCUACAAAUACAAUCAGUCCCAGGCUCUGCUGGAGAAGCUGGACAGGAACGCCGCCGUGGCCCUGCACAACAUCGGCAUCGCGGUGACGAACCUCAGCGCAGCGAAGCGGGACGACGAGCCGCUGCCCAUGCCGCUGGUGUGGCUGGACACCACGGUCACCAAUCAAACCGUGGUCACCGAUGUGAUCAGCGGCAAAUUCCACGUUGUGCCGGGGGAGGUGGAAAUGAGGUCGUACUUCAGCCAAAAUUAUCAGUCGUCCGAACCUCUUAUCGCUAUUGAAGUGUGUGGGGAAGAAAAAAAAUGUAUCUACAAUGCCUUCACGUCCGCCAUUGAUGCUGUAAUGCAGUGGUACCGCCUGCAUUUCAUCAACAUCAUGGCCAUUGUGCCCGAGAAGGAUAAGGACAAGCUUGGGUACAGUGCCGAUGAGUUCAUUAUCGGUUGCCUCUUCAGCGGAACUGUUUGCGAUCCCAGGUAUUUUGUAAAGAACGAUGUCCAAAAACUCGGUGAGCCUUACAGCGACUGCACAAUGGGAAGUGACAUCGAUGUAAAAAGCCUCUACGACAGCCCAUACUCGGUGCAAACCUGCCAGAACUCGUGCUUCCAGUUGGAGAUGAUCAAAAGCUGUGGCUGUGCCAAUUACGAGCAACCGCUGCCUGAAGGAUCUCACUUCUGCAACUACGACAACAACCCAGGCUGGGAGUACUGUUACUACCGCCUGUACGACAUGUACAUUAAAGAGGAGCUCAAGUGUAUUCAAGUCUGCCGACAAAUUUGCUCGGAGACGGAGCACGAGGUAACUUUGAGCCUAGCUGACUGGCCGUCCAAAGCAUCUAAGGGGUGGCUGUUGCGUGCGCUUUCUGAAGAGCGAGGACUGCCGGCCAACGACACACUGAAGCCGAGCGACAUUGCCAUUGUCAACAUUUACUUCAAAGAUCUCAACCAGAAGACCAUUUCAGAAUCUCCGGCGAGCAGCAUCGUGACAUUGCUCUCCAACCUCGGAGGGCUUCUGGGGCUCUGGCUGAGCUGCUCUAUGCUGUGCGUCGUCGAGGUGCUGGAGAUCUUCUGCGUCGACUUCCCGUGGAUCCUGCUGAAGAAGCUGCUCGCGACGUGCCGCAGGACCUUCGCGUCCCUCGUCCGCGGCCCCGACCCCGCGCCCUCCGUCCACUUCCCCGUUCAGUUGCCCAUGGGUGGCAGCCCAGCGGAGGACCCGCCCACCUUCCACACGGCGAUGCAGUGCCCGCGCGAGCCCAUUCCGACGCCCAACACGCCGCCGCCCCAGUACGACACCCUGCGCUUGCGCCAAAUCGCCGGCUACGUUCCCGACGAGGGCAGCGACGGAGAGGAUUAGCGCGGAAGCCGCCGGCGCCGCCGUCGGCACUCGUGUCGGGGGUCGGUCCGGAAUUGCCGUCGUUAAGAGCUCACUGACGUGGGAAAUACGUGAAAGCGGAUAUAAGCAGAACUCUGUUCUGUGCCUCCGCAUGAGAGUAAAAAUAAGUUUUAGUUCAACAGCCUAUUGACUUUCCAGAUAAAUAGUAUCGAGCAAUUACCUUCCGGGUCUCAUCAGCGGAGUUAAGAUUUUCUAUAUGAUGUCAGAUUAAAAGAUCUCGUGACAAAAGCUCGCCAUAUAAACAUGGGAUCCCAUUCAAUGCAAAAGGCUGCAAAAAGCAAUGUGCUUUUGUCCAGACAUUACGGAGCAGGAUAAUGUUUAAGUCAUUGUGCCUUUGAAAGAAAUACUUUCCUGAAACCUUAGCCUACUAUAUAGGGUGUACGAAAAUAUAUAAUCCAUUUUAAUGCAAACUAAUUCGGCAGCAUUUUGAAAGGCGUGGUUGAAAUUUUGCCAAAAUGUUCCCUUAAACCAUUGAAGUGACCUUCAGCGGUGCAGAAUGGUUCAACCAUUCAAGACUAUCACCACCUGGAAAUCUCUCAAAACCCUAGGACAUGUGCUGCCAAACGCCACGACGGACAUGUGUAGGUUUAACAAUGUUACCCAUGAGAUCAAAUCUUCAUACCACAGUCCCAAGUUUGUGGGUGUGGAGUUUCACAGUUUGAUCUCAAAACUGAUAGUCUAAUUGUAAUGUAUUACCUCAUGGAUGGAACAUUUUAAGGACACCCUGGAUACUCGCCUGUGUUGAAAUCAAUGGUGAUAGGUUUAACACCGUCAGAUUUGGCACGGUACAUGAAAUACAGAAAUUAAUAUUUGGUACAAAAGAUGUAUUAGCGGAGCCAUCAACAGAAGGUGUGUACAGGAUUAACUGCACUUGUGGUAAAUGUUAUGUUGGGCAAACAGGAACAAUGGUCAGCACGAGACUAAAAGAACAUCAGAGAUAUUUAAUACUCCCAAAUACAACUGUCAGAACACGCGUGCCAACAAGGACACUCAAUUGAUUUGGAUAAUGUUGAAGUUCUGUGCAAAACCAGCUACUACUGGCCAAGACUAAUUAGAGAAUGUAUCGAAAUUGAAAUAAAUAAAUAAAAUGCAACUGUUUGGAUAGCUCCCGUCUUAGUGCUGCGUGGAAGCGAAUCAUCAAAGAAUACAAAGAAUACAUUGUUUAAAUGCACGCCGAUACAAGCCACCAUACUUCCAUAGGGAUUACCGUUGGUACAGCUAUUUUAAUACACAAUGGACAGGAAGGACAAGAUCAAAGGGCUCGCAUAAUGCGCAUGCAUAAUGUACGUUGACUCAUUAAUCCCCCCCACACUUUGCGCAAAAGUGCAGAAGCGUGGUCACCACAUCUACGCCUCUAUAUAAGGAACGAAACAAGUGGACUUCUCCACAAAUCUGGCUGUUGUCUGAUGAAGUAUGGUUGUUAUUACUGGCGAAACCUUGUACUCAGAUUGUAAAUGUUGUGGCUUGGCUCUCCAACGCACCGGUGUUGCUGUACUAGUGACGAAUUGGCCACGUUCUGCUUGUGACAACCCUUACUAGUUGGCUGUGUCGGGUGGUGGCGGGUUUAAUGACACAUUUAUAUAUUUACGCAAUAUAACCCAACAAAACCUCUAUUGUGAAUGGUGAUACGG